CAUUAAGCUCCUGUCAAAAUCCUUUUUACUGUCAAAUUGAUUACUUUUUGCUGUUUGUAAAUGUAAACAGUUGUUUCAAAUAUUUAUUGCUAAUUUAAGAAUUUAUAAUUAUUUGAACGUAUUAUUAAACGGUCAGAAUGACUUCCAUGCCUGUGUCUUCUUCCACCUUGCUUCCGUUAGAACUUGUGGAUAAGUGUAUAGGGUCAAGGAUCCAUAUUAUUAUGAAAAAUGAUAAGGAAAUCGUGGGGACGUUAUUAGGCUUUGAUGAUUUUGUCAAUAUGUUACUGGAGGAUGUAACGGAAUAUGAAACAACGCCUGAAGGAAGGAGAAUUACUAAAUUGGACCAAAUUCUGCUUAAUGGGAACAAUAUAACAAUGCUUGUUCCAGGUGGAGAGAUGCCAGAGUAAGUCAUUUGAAUAAAGUAUAAAAUAAGGGCA